GACGUUUAGGAAAAACACACAUGAACAAAGACAAGCCAAUGUUUUCUUCAUAGACAUACACGAGAAACAACAAGAGAGGCUGAUGUCUGCGUCAGAAUGGACCAACAUGUCGGCCAUCUUACCUAGGACCGGUCCUGAACAUGGGGCAGUCUCUUAUCUGUUCUAGAUCUGCGGUUCUCUCUCUCUCUCUCUACCCUCUCAGGCUGCUGGACCCAGCCAACACCAUGCAGUUUGAUGACUUUAAGAAGUGUUACGGGGAGAUCCUCCAUCGAUGGGGUCUGAAGGACAAGAGAGCCGAGGUCCUCAAGUUUACAUCCUGUCCUCCUGAACCGCACAAAGGCAUCGAGUUUGGUGUGUACUGCUGCCAUUGUCGUAGCCAGGUGCGGGGGACUCAGUGUGCUGUGUGUAGCGCUUCACCUUCCAGUGUGCCAUCUGUCACGUGGCUGUCCGAGGCUCCUCUAACUUCUGUCUGAGUUGUGGUCACGGGGGGCACACCUCCCACAUGAUGGAGUGGUUCAGAACACAGGACGAAUGUCCCACAGGCUGCGGCUGCCACUGUCUGCUACAGAGCACCUUCUGAGAGAGACGCUGAGACACAGACUGAU